UCUAAAAAUGUUAGGGGUAAACAAACUAAUUUAGGCUUCUGUUGUAGGAAGUAUUUAUUUUUAAUCUAUUAAACAUACAACCCGUAAUGAAAGAAAAAUGCCGAGUUUGCCAGCGAAAGUCGGCAAGCCUGGCGAACAUUUUCGAAGGGAAACAAGAUCGGGGGAUCUCCAUUGCGCAUAUGAUAUCUGAAGUUACCGGAUCUGAACUCGCGAAAGGGGAUACACUUCCGGAAUUCAUUUGCCCGCCCUGCCUGCAAGACGCCCAAAAUGCAUUCGAUAUUAUCAAAACCUACGAGCGCAGCUACAAGAUCUUUUGCGAGGCAAAGGAUGCGAUCCUGGAGGACGAUCUAUCGGAGGAAGAAGUAUGCCUGAUAUCAGAUAGCGAGAGUGUCGAAGAAAUCCCCAAUAUCAAUGGCCAAGUCAAGGAAGAGAAACCAAAUACAGAUAAGGAAGCCAUUGAAGAUUCCUUAUUCCAGGAUGGAGUCGAUGUGAUAUUAAAAGAAGAAAUCAGAACAAAUGAUACUAAGGAGCCACAUUCCAAGGAUGUAAAAGUGAAGGAGGAAAAAACUGAUCAUUCCGAUACAAAAAUAAAAAAGGAUGACGUUUCUAAGAGAAGUUCCGGUUACAAUAGAAAAAGACAGUGUCCUUACUGCAAAAAGAUCCUUUCGACUCAUACAAAUCUUGUGUCGCACAUCCGCGGCCACACGGGAGAACGACCUUUCAAGUGCAGUAGCUGCCCAAAGGAAUUUAAAGAUGCCACCUCCCUUAAAAAGCACGAAAUGAUUCACACAGGCUGUCGGCCCUUCAAGUGUUCCCUCUGUCCGAAGUCCUAUCGGGUUAAGCAUCACAUCGAACGCCACCUUAUGAUCCAUACGGGCGAACGACCGCAUCCGUGUAAGCUUUGCGACAAGGAGUUCAUGGAUCGGUAUAGUCUGAACAGACAUAUGAGGACGCACACCGGGGAACGACCCCACAAGUGUUCCAUCUGCCUAACAGCUUUUGCGGAUUUAUCAAACCUUAGGCAACACACUCGGAUUCAUACGGGGGAACGACCGUAUAAGUGUGAUUAUUGCGAUAGGUCAUUUAUAUUUCACUCGGAUUGUAAGAAACAUUUGAGAACUCACACGGAACUGAAGGCCUUUUAAGUGCUCUGAAUGCCCGAGGAUUUAUAAUCACUGAACCGUCUCCGCACCCACCUAGAACGGGUUCAUAAAAAUGAAUUGAAAGAUGCGAUUUAACCUUAGUAUUAAUUUUAUUUGUGGCUUAUAUAUUUAUAGGCAAUCCAUUGAAAGGUUUAUCCUUGUUUACGAUUUCAUUCCGAUAUCCAUACUAUUCCAGAAGGCCUGGCUUGUGAAUUUACGAAUUCAAAACGUAUUUUGUUAGUUAAGCACUCUUGAAAUAUUUUCUCCCAAAGUACCUUAUCCAUCAAAUAAAACAAGUAUAUUUUAUUUAUGCACUUAUAAGAAAACGAUA